UUUAUCAACUAUCAAGGUCAGAAACAGUAUGUUUCCUUCAAUUAAAUCCUUCUUCAAUAAUUGUUUUGAAAAAUAUAAACUUCUGGCUUUCACAGCGUAAACUUUUUUAUGCACAAAAUUGAAAAUAAAAUGGAAAAAAUGGACGGUGAAGUUGACAGUGGCUCCGCAAUCUUAUCUUCCUCCUCCUUGGUGCUCCAGCCUUUUAUUACUAAGCUAGGUCAUAAUGUUGAAGAAAUCAGAGUACGAGCCCUCAAAAACAUCCUUCUUAAACUGGAACACAAGUUGAUUUGUGUGUCAGACUUGGUACAGGAACGGGAACUGUUGAUUCGUCUAUUGGAAUGGUUUAACUACACGUCAGCUCCCAUGAAGAAGGAAGUGCUUGGGCUUUUAGAAAAGCUGUCAAAGCAUGUAACUGCAGCUCAAGUGCUUCUUAGUGUUGGUGCAGUAGAAUUUCUAUCCCAGUUGAGACAAGAUGAAGAUCCAGAGCUGUUCCAGGAUAUUGAUAAUGUUACUCACCUUCUAUUGAGUAUACCACAGACAGCUGGAGACACACAUGAUGAUUGGUGUCUGUACAGACCACGUGAUGAUGAGGAACACAGCAAUAUUCCUGUAUCAGUUCAUUGUGGAUCUCAUUUAAAAGUUGUGUCUUCUUAUACUCCAUCUCUGCCUAAUACAACACAACCACGACCCCCUAUCCCAACCAGAACCAGUGCACCCCUGUUGGGUACCCCCAAGGGAUAUUUUAAGGAAGAGAAAGAGUCAUUUCCAAGUUCUCAUGAUAAUACUUCACACGCACAGUCAUCGAUAAGCACAACCCGUUCUCAAGAUUCUGUACUUCAUUCUAGUGGCUCUUUAUCAUUUUUCAAAUGGCUUCCCCUCUCCUCUAGUGAUAGACACAUCCUGGCUGUGACUGACAGUAGGCUUCAGAACAAUAGCCCUACUCUUGUUUCAAAGUCAUGUGAAUUCCUGGCAGAUGUUCUUUUUAAGGAUUUCCCUGCUGAAAUAUUCCUUCAAAGACCAAGUGUGUUCAAGAGUUUGAUUGGAUUGCUGGAAUUCCAGGGUUCUGAUAAUGGCCCUUGUGUUCCACAGUGUGCUAUCCACUGUCUGAAGGAACUGUGUUGUCAUGUUCAUGCCAGGCUGAUGGCUACAGCUGAUCCAGCCUUGUUUUGUCCAGACCAAGAAUGUUGGAAAUCUCGGCAAAACAUGUUUUUGUCCAAUGAAGUAAAAAACGCUGCUGGUCAACAAGGAGAAGAAUAUAUUCAAGAACGUGGCAGUGGUGAUGGAGGUUUGGGAAGUGAUGCACCAUCAUCAUCAAGCUCAUCAACAGAGCAUCAUCCAACAAGCUCAACAGAGGGUGAUGAUGAAGAAGAUGAACUUGUAAUGGAAGCUCUGCAGUACAACCAGCUUGCAGUGGAAGAAAUGUGUGUUAUGCUGCUACCUCAAGCACUGCAAGUUAURAAUGGUCAUCUUAGCAGUCAUCAGCAGGUACUUACAAGCACUGUAGAACUGCUGUUCCAUGUGGGAGAGUUGAUCAAGACCGUGGCACCAGAUGAUGUUUGGCAGGAAGGCUCACAAUCCAAUAUUGUUAUGGCAUCUAAUGUCGUCUCUAGUCUGAAGCUUCUUGGUGAAGUGUUGGUACAUCACAUUCAAGAGAGUGGAUAUCAAGGGCAUGGUGUUAGAGAGGAACAUAGUCUGUCUACUCACAGAAUAACAGUUGUUAAUUUAACAAUGUUCCUUGUUCACCUUCUUCAGACUCUUGUUCCUCUUGAUAUUGUGCAAUCAAUAGCUGUAGACCUGCUAGAAACUCUACUUCUAGGUCGACUCAGCAUGAGCAGCCAGCUAUGGAAGAGACUACUUGAUGUCAUAACCCCUACCUUACCCUUCCUAGAGGGAUUCAUUGGUACUCACCCCACCCUGGACCAAAGCAUUUUGGAACUAGUUCUCUCUUCUCCAGCAACCUCUGGCCAGAUCACUUCUGAUGGACAAGUGAUGACAUUGAAAGCUCGGGACCAGCUUAAAGGAGCAUUAAUGCUAAUGUUUCUACAGAACCCUAGUAUUAGGACCCAGGGGCUUGCGGCAGUAGUUGGACACUUGACAGCCGACAAAACAAGUUCCUGGGGACAGCGUUUAUUCAGAAGUAGACAAACGGAGAAUCUUAGAGAUUUGUUUAUUGUUGAUCAGUUGACUUCAACCAUGAACUCUCAUACUCCUAUGUCCCAUCCAAGUGUGGAGAAAGCAGAGAUAGUCAAACUUUGGUCUAUUUAUUCGUCCAAAUCAAUGGACUGGAAUAUCAGGAAGUCUGCUGCUGAACAACUGGCAAUAAUACUACAAGAUCCCGAAUGGCACAGCGAGCUUCUAGAUCUUAAAGCCGAAGAGACAACACUAGAGAUCCUGAGAGAAAUACUUCAAAAGGACGCAGAUACCCACACCCCUACCACGCCCUCCUCAAGUAUGGAGAUAGUGCCCCCUUGUCUAAAAAUUCUUCGGCUGCUGACAGAGUACAGCUGGUCUUGUCGGCGGCGCCUCGUGAACAAGAUGUCUGUCUACACCAUUAUAGUCAUGUGUUCGGUGGUUUGUCGGCCCAGUGUACAAGCAAGUUAUGAAGCAGCUUGUCUGCUUGCUUUGUUGCUGUUUGAUGAAGUGGCGCAAUAUUCUGUUGAGAAGAGUCAGAGGAGAGUGUUUAGUCUUCCUUCCUGUCUUGUCAAGAGGUACCAACUUCCAUUCAACCCAGCUGUACACAAAUCAACCAGUGAACACCAACUACCACCACCUCAGAACCCAGACCCUCUCAAGACAGACCCAGCUCUAUCAAUGUUGAGAUUUCACUGGAAUCUAUCAUGGCACGAGAGUCUAGAGAAACUGUGUGCUGUCCAGGGAGACGAUGGACGAGCCUCACCUAGUAAACAACACAAAUUCUGGGAGAGCCUACGUUGGACUGCAGUUGAUUGCCAAGUUCUUCGGUGUAGUCAUGUUCCAGUAUGUUUAGGUGAUGAUCUUCAAGUCAUGUCUACUGCAGUGUCUCAUUUCCCGGCUAAAGUAGCCUUGAUGAGAAUACGUGCCUCACUGAUGGGGGAUCUGGGCGUGGCCCAUAGGGGUGACAAGAUGGCCAUUGAGAAAUUGUACGCUAUGAACUGGCAAGAAGCAUUAGAAAGGUAUCUUCUUGUCCUGCCCAACAGUGUCGAUGAUGAUGAAUUACUCAUCGAGGUGUUAAGACUGUUAUCCUCUAUGCUCACAAGUCCUUCUCGACCACCAGAGCCCGUGGUGGCUUGGAUGGCUAGGAAUACCAUCAAGAGUGAUGGACCAUUAUUGUCUUUAUUAAGAACUCCAGCAGGGGAUUCUGGGAAUGUUACGUCACAAGCUGGGACCGAGUCUAGAAGGAACCUACGCAAAACCAUUCUACUAUUCUUCAGUAAUCUGGUAAGAUGUCUUCUUCAGUGUUCCAGCCAAUGGCGGUUUGAUGGUGAACGUGUUUUGAUUGGAGAACUAGCAUACGCCGUAACCUUGAAUCUCGACCUCGCUGAUAAUCCAUCAUACUACGACCUUCCUGUCCUGGAGAGCGCUUUGGAGUGUCUUGGUCACGUGUCUGCUUGUAGCCAAUGGAGUGCGCACUCGAGGAGUCAAGACGCGUUGGGACUGUGUACUAUUCUGCUGCAGUCAUUAGUCCAGGUUGUUUCAGCCUUCCAUGCAGGUCGCCUAGGCUCUAGCACGUCAUUUAUGGGUAAAGGUGUUACAUUUCAUGCUAGUCUGUGUCUGGUUCAUCUUGUCAAAGAAUUGGAUACAAAAGACCCUAACAAGUCAUGGAUUUCCAAUUGGAUUCAAGAUGACGGCGACGGGCAAGCACUGGCUUGGUUGGUCACCCUGUGGUCCGAUCGUUCCCCUGAAGUACGGUGGAUGGGUUUGAGUAUAGCAACUAGCUUGGCCAGUACCGUAGAGGGUUAUGAAGCACUGUUUCAAGCCCUACAGGGGGUGGCAGGGGGUGUUAUUGGUAUAUCAAUGCCAUUGAUAUUAGAUGACGGCGAGUGUGGUAUGGUUAGACAACAGGCCACACUACUGUUGUGUAGUAUAAUCAGUAAUCUAUCUACGGGUGCCUCGUUGGUUUCUGGUACUUCUCAGGACCCUGGAAACCAGGAGUCUCUUUCCAUCAUAACCACUCUAAGGGCACUUAUGGAUCAUUAUCGAUUCUACUUUCGUCUCAACACAAUAUUGACCAACUUUUCAACCAACGCUCUCUCGCAGAAGGCUACAAGCUCACGUGCUUGUCAGAGCACGGCUUCAGUCUCCGUGUCCACAACAAGCUCAAAUAUCCCUUACAGGCACUUACAAUCAAGUUCUCAGUCCGUUAGCGUUACCUCCGAGGCAGUCCUCAAUGCAUCGCACUCCUCGUCACCUGUUCCCAAUAGAACGCGUAGUCCUGGUGACCAGGGUACUGUCCCACUAUCUAAUGGGAGCUUGUUGUCGUCAAACGCGUCUGGACAGACACAGGAAUCCCAGUCACCGAUUUCUUCCCUCGUCCCACUCUUAAACGAGAGAGGUCUUCCCAGUGGAAUGUCUACUAGCAGUGGCACUACAAACACAUACGUCCCUUCUGAGGCUGGCUCUUUGACGUCACGCUCUUCUCCAGUGACGUCAUCACAUACGCCAGCAUUUGUCGGUGCCUUGGCACAGCUGAUGCAAGCAUUAGUAACUGCUGAUUCUGCGCAUACUAUAACAGCUCUGAAGAGAAGCAACAUGCUGAGUGUAUUCUGGAGCCACCUCGAUUCUUCAGAACUUCAAUCUUUUCUCCAAGUACAAGAUUCAUCACCAUCACUGUCAUGUGCUGCUGUAGUGGUCGUCCGUGAGGUUCUUCACAUGUACUCGUGUCUAGUACAGAUGACCCACGCCCUGGCACGUGUUGACCACACCCUGUUGUUUGACCUCCAACAGGACGCUGUCACCAUGCACAGAAUUGUGGGAUUGUUAGCAGUCGUGGUUUCAGAUUUAGAAAUGACCAAACUGAAAGUGCGCGCGCGUGGUGUGUGCAGCAAACAAGAAGCUUCAACCUUCAUCGGUAUUUUCAUCGGUUUUGUGAUUUUCAAGAUGGCAUGUUCUGCUCUAAGGAUUAAUAUUACCUUUUAUAUUUUACAUUAUAACAGUUUUAGAUACCGGAAUAUUUCACUUGUUGAUAUUUUAUUUAUUCCAGACGAUAAGCUACUGGUCCAUUGUCAAGUCCUGUGGUUGUCAGUAUCUUCACUACUAGUUACUCUUCUCCAGUCCCAAGGACCAGUUAGUGUACCUAGUGUAACAGAACAAACUGUCUACAAACACUGGACUUACUUCACAGCUCUCUUCAAGAUGGYCAUGUCAAGACCAAACCAGGCCACCUCGUUAAAAAGUGUCUUGUUAAAACUACUUUGUCUGCUGUUGUCCUGCGAAGGAAAAAGACAAAAACAAAAGAAAAAGAACGAUUCUUCUAAUGCUUCUCUAGGAUGGAAUAAAAAGAGCCAAUUAGUCGAGAUACUGGACGAUGGUACUCCUAGAAGUAGCCUGUGGAACGUCGCAGAUGGGACCGAUACGAUCAGGGACACACAGGAGCUACCCAAUCAAGUCUCUCCCAGUAAAACUCCAUGUGUAAUCACGGAAGGCACUGGGGGAACCUUUGUAGAUGGCACUAAUAUAACAAGGGUUUCGCAUGAGGUGACUAAUAAAGGUCCUAUUGGUAGAGCCCCAACGGGACAAGAGAAAACAAUUGCAGAACAUGAAUCAGUUAUGAGAAAGAAUGAAAGGAAUUCGCGCACGAAAAGUUGUAAAGACGAUAUUACAAGUGGGGAACAACUGUGUUCGAGUCUCCUCAGCGUGUUCGAUGGCAUGGGGUGGAAGGUAACAGACGAAGACAAGAAGGAUAAGAAUUACAUUAAGAUUGCUAUUACUGCUUUACUUGCACUCAGUCAAACGGCCAAGGUCUAUGCGAUACAAGAGGGUCUAGUUGAAACUACCCUGGAGCACAUCAAGCACCUACAUGUACAGCUCAACAUGGACUCACUACAACUAGGCAAAGGACCUUCCUGGAGGAAAAAGGAAAACCCUUUAAUCGACGAGAUCAUCAGUGACUUGGAUCUGCUUGGCAACUUUAUCUAUAGAAACGCUGACGUUAAGGUAACCUGUCUAGAAUGUGGUCUGAUUGAUGUACUACACAAGUUAUGGUCCUGGUGUACUGUGGAGGUGACCCUAAGAUCUGCUGUACUCUCUCUGCUAUGCACACUCACAGCGCGAUGCCCAAAGGCUUCUAUUUAUAUCGGUGGGGGAAGCAGCACAUCCCGAGCCAGCCAAUCAGGGUCCACCUUUUUGAACAGCCUACUCAAGACGGCUGUGUCGACAAAUGGUAGGGUUCUUGGUGACCAGGCAUGUCAUGAUCUUGACGUCCAACUUGCUACUCUCAAGACUUUGUUGAGCUUAUUUUCUAAUCUCUUGUUGACCGCAGAGUGUCGGGGAAUUAUCUGGAAGAGCAACUUUUUACAUCAGUUUUCCAAACUGAAGCCCCUCAAGACUCCUCAGGGACGCCCCAAACAUGUCCAUCGGGCAGUGGGUGUGUCCUGGCUGUCAAUCCUCGUCAAUCUGACAUUCUUUACCGACGGUCAACAAAUGGUGAUGAAGAUUCCCUCGUGUGUGAGCAUUUUGCUCGAGUUCUGCCGCGUGACACAAGGGAAGUACGUGACCAGUGAUAUGUCGUUACUGGUGGUGAGGAAUUUGUGUUUCCAUAGCAACAGUAAAUCUGUUCUGCUCUCAAAUGAGGCACUGUUACUUCAUUUGAUAAGCAAUGUUGAUCACAUGUCUAGCUAUACGCGUGCUUUGGCCGUGUCUGCUCUUUGGAGCCUGGUACAUAAUAAUCAGAAGGCGAAAGUUACUCUAAAGAACUCUGGCUUACAAAAGAAACUCGAAGAACUAAGAUUGAAAUCAGAUAAAGAACCGACUCAAUCAGAUGAUAAAUACCAGAAGAUCUACACACAAGCAUUGGACGUCCUGAAUGUUCAAAUGACAUCAUAGCGUACGUACGUAUAGUUGUCCAAUCAGAGUGUUAAAUUUGCAAAGCAUGGAGCGUAAACUAUUUUAGGAUAACGCGGUCAUUGUAUUGACAAUGUCAGUCACAGCAUUCAAGAUCAUUGGUUAGCCCAGGAAAAAGUUUUUAUUUGGGGGGGGGGGGGUGCAUCGUCACGGUCAAAGUACGAAAUCAUCUCAACAUUUAUCAUCUAAUGAAAAUCUUUAGAAGUUUUUAAAAAUUUAUGAAAUCUUUUCCCGCCUUCAAAUUUGACCUCUCAAUGAUUUCUCUCUCUCCCAAUCAAAAACCACCAUCUCACAUCCAAUCAAAAUUAAUCCUUAGAUGUACAAUCAUACUCGUAUAGUUUUGUAGCAAAUAUGAAGCGAAGCUUUAAAAAUGUUUUAUGAAGUGUGUUGGGCUUCUAUUGCAUACUCAUCGAAUAUGAUGUUCACAACAAUUCAUUAAGGUUUCGAUAUUACUUGUACAGGAAUGUUUUACGUCGUUAAAAAAAA